AUGGGCCGCAAGCCCAAUCCCCUCAUUCUCGAGUACUUCGUCCGGGGACCUAAGCUCAACGACAACAGUAACCGAUAUCCGCAUACGUGCAAGCAAUGCGGUGAGAACUUUCCAAAGGGAAGGAUCGAUAGUUUGACAACGCAUAUCACCAAGAAAUGUCCCGCCAUCUCCGAGUCAGAUCGUAUGCGAGCAUGCCUCGAACUUCAUGGUAUCACCAAUGCACGAGCACCUGUCGAUCGACCACCCCCUGAAGCGCAGCCGAACGGGCAGCCAGCCGAUGUUCCAAACCUCCCCCAAGGGUGGAGCGCCCUCGAGACACUCGCCGAAGCCUCACGACAGGUUGAUUUGAACGAGAACAAUCGUGCUCAGAGUGUACAGGCAGGCGUCGCUGACCCCGCUGACCCCGCCAACGCCCAGCAUGUUCCAGAUCGCUUCGAGCUUCACGAACAAUUCACUCUAGACAACCCUCCCGUGAGCUACGAGAACCGGUCGCAGCAGGGCAACAGAGGUGCAAUUCAGCAACCCCUCCCAGGAACCGAGUUAUCACCCGAGGAACGACUUCAAGCAUUGCUUCCUAAUAGCGUUGCUUCCCCAGACGUCUCGAACAUAUCGGUCGCCGUUGCUGCUACAGCCAGGCUAAACCCGUCGCUUCUUGACCCCCAGCUCGUUCACGAGACUGGUACCUCGACUACACCGCCGUCUAUGGACAUUCCGACCCCGAUAGAAGCCUCUCCCAGUGCCGUAACAGCUCCCGACAGUGGAAUUUCGCAACCGUGGGGCGAAAUGACAUACUUGGCGACUGCCUCGCCUGUUCCUUUACUUCACGAGCAUCCACCGACACCUAUCCAGAUGAGCAGGGGUGGUGUUCGGAUGGACACAAGCGAUGGCCAACUUAAUGGGAGACCUCGACACGCGCGAUCUCGCUUUACUGCUGCGCGGCGAAAGGAGGUGCAGGAAGUUCGCAAAAUAGGUGCAUGCAUUAGGUGCAGAAUCCUUCGAAAGAAUUGCGGCAAAGGAACACCAUGUGACACGUGCAGGAAGGUUCUCGCACCGAGGGUGUGGAGGACUGGUUGCGUGCGAACGAGGCUCCAGGAGCAGCUUGAUUUGUACUCGGCGGGUGUCCAGGUUGUCCUGUCCCAAAAUCGCAUCAACCUCUUGAAGAACCAGCUGAAUAUGACCCAUGAUGGUACCAUGAUAGAGGUUUCGCACUUUCCUGAAACUGGCAAGGUCAUACUCCUCGAAGCUUUGGUUGCACUGCUAGAGCCUAGCGAGUCGCUAGCAGAAUCCAGAGGCAGCAAGGAUUCAUUCUUCCAGGUUAUUAUGAUCGACCAGGACAAGGAAGAUGUUCCUGGCAAGGUUGAGGCCUAUAUGCGUGAUGUCUUUCAGCUUUUUAUCGACCGAGAGCCCUCCAAGUUCAUGCGUGUCACUCUGAGUCUUGCUCUUCAGCAAUUGCAAGAGUCAGAGGAUGAUCUACUUCGAAAGUCCCUAGAGCUAUGGGGUUUGGUGGAGAGUAUCGAUCGCGAGAGGCAGUGGAACGUUAUUGAAAGACCAGCCGAUAAGAAUGAAGAGCCCAGGCGCAUCCAAGAAGCCAAAAGCGAGAACGAUGCUGACAUCUAUACGACGCUUUGCAUGCAGCUGAACGCGGCAGCUGAGAGAAAGGCCAACAACACUUCAAAGGCACUGCUCAGCGGAAUGCAUCGCGUACUCCAGGACAGCAAGGUCAAGGUGAACUUCAAGAUGUAUCUAACGGCUGUCAUCUUCCUCAACUGUCUUGAGAAAUCGACUUGGGCCUUCAAAGCUUGGGAGCAAGAUCAUCUCCGCCCUGGGUGGCCCCUAGAACGAGACCCGGGUGUCUUCACACAGCAGGGAGGUAAUCUAGCAGGGCUGCUGAAGAUGCUUUUGGCAAUCCGCAAAGCCCUGCCACAAACACUCCGCAGUGACACAGGCAAGUUGAUCACCUCGGAACAAGAUCCUGUUAUAGGAACUUACUUCCAAAGCAUCGAUUUGGACUACGAUACGAUCCUUGCCCGCCAAGAUGGCUCCCCCUUCUCCCCAGCAGACUCUCGAUCCCUCGAGAUGAUUCUCUGCUCUCACCUUCUCAUUACGAACACUCCUUGA